UUCCCUCUCUCUCUCUCUUUCACUCUCUCUCUCUCUCUCUCUCUCUCUCUUUUUCUUGCACUUUAUCUACCAGUAGUUAAACUUGAGUUCCUGUAAAGAGAAUCUGAUGGCUCUGAUUUCUUGUCAUCAUCUUUUUCCUACCGCAAGCUAGUAUAUUACUGUAAGCAUCCCCCCAUUUAAUCUACCUCUCAAAAUUUCUCCCUUUUCUUCAAUACAUGAGGAUUUAAACUAGUGCUCAUUAUUUCAUCAACAUCAGCUUCAAGCUCACUAAUUAAUUAGUAGCAUAACACCUUCCACUAAUUUCUCCGUACACCUCCAUUGUCAACUCUCUAUGGUUCUUUAUACCAUCACGAGAAGCCAAACAUUAGAGGAAAAAAAACCCUGAAAGAGGGCCAGGAGGAACCCUAACUUUGUAAUAUUAUCAACAAGUCUCAACUUAUUCAAGAUCUGAACAAGAGAAGUACAUUUUCCAUGGAUUUAGUUUCACUACUACCACACGCUGCGGGCUACUCAAGCCCUACUCAUGCAAGCCCAGUCGCCAACACCACCAUCGCAUCAAACACUCCAAAUAGCGGAAGCUCUCCAUCGCCAUCAAAUUCCACAACUCCUACAACUCCAAGCCGCUAUGAGAACCAAAAACGCCGAGACUGGAACACUUUCUGCCAGUAUCUCCGCAACCACAGGCCCCCUCUUUCUCUGCCCAUGUGUAGUGGUGCCCAUGUCCUUGAAUUCCUUCGCUACUUGGACCAAUUUGGGAAGACCAAAGUCCACAACCAGACUUGUCCCUUCUUUGGACUCCCGAACCCGCCUGCCCCGUGUCCAUGCCCCCUCCGCCAGGCGUGGGGGAGCCUCGAUGCACUGAUUGGGCGGCUCAGAGCAGCCUUUGAGGAGCACGGAGGGAGACCUGAGGCGAACCCAUUUGGUGCAAGAGCUGUGAGGAUUUUUCUGAGGGAGGUUCGUGAUUUUCAGGCCAAAGCGAGAGGUGUUAGCUAUGAGAAGAAGCGAAAGAGGCCGAAACAUAAGGUAACAGUUACACCACCACCACCCGAUUCUGGUCCAAUUGGGUGAAAAAUAAUAAAAUGAAUAACGUUAACACUACUUUGCUUUCCAGGUAAUAUAUAUAUAUAUCUAUAGGGGUGGUUUCUUUCUUUUUACUUAUUUUGUGAUGUUUUCGCAAGUUUCAUUUUAGGUGUCCUGAAUGUACUUUGAUUUCCUAUAUAUUAUGAAUAAUGUUUUGCUUUUUGGGUA